AUGGCAGCCUUGCUCCUGCGAGUCCUGCGGUCUCUCGAGAAAUGGGAUCUGCUGCAGGACCAAUCCGGCGAGGCUGUCAAUGAAGCUCUCAACCUCCUCGUUGAACUCCAAUUUCUGCAAGGUGAUCAUCUAGUCAGCCUCCAGACACAUCCUGCCGCUCGACAAAAAUGCCUGGAGGGACAUCGCAGACGCAUGGACGAGGCGCACAAAGCCGUGGUGGCGUGUCAGCGAGGCCUGAUCUCGACACAUGCAGACUUGCUUGAGUGCGCCCGCGAGCUCGGCGCAGUUGCGGAGGGUGCCGCGAAGAAGCGGAGCGCCGCCGCUCAGGUUCCCGUCGGUUCGGCUCUGCAGAAAACGCAGAAACCGAAGUUGCCCGUUGCCUCGAGCUCCACUCUGUCCGCCGGCGGCGGAAACGUGGCGCUGUUUCAAGAAGAAAUUGCUCCGUUCAUCGCCGAAGUCGUGGACGCCUAUGGCGACCAGCUGACCCUACAAAACAGUCUCAUCACGCUCUACCGAGAGCGUCUGUCCCCUGCCGACCGCAAGGAAAUGAAUCGAAUCCUCGCGGUCUGGAUGGAUCGGCCGUGCGAGUGGGCGGUGGCGCGCUUCGGCCGGCGGCGCGCAGUCGUGCGAGAGCUGAAGAAGUUCCUCCGGUUGCCCGCGUGA